AUGGCAGCCUACGUGUGGAUCAACGGUUUCCCAGCCGUCGGAAAGCUCACCGUCGCCAGGGCCCUCCAAGCAAUGCUACCCAACAGCGACUUGAUUGACAACCAUUCGCUCAUCGACGUCGUCCAACUUCCGCGAGACCACCCCGAAUACAACCGCCAGCGAGAACAGGUCCGCGACGAGGCGUUCAAUCGGUUCGUCUACCCUGAGACAGACGAGCAGAGCGCAUGCGGGAACAAACAAGAACAGAUGAGGCGCAUUGUCAUAUUCACAGGCAUGACCAAUUUGACACCCCUCAAGGUCGCAGUUAUCUCUUGUAUCUAA